AUGAAUGAAUACAAUAAAUAAAUAUGAGUAUGUAAAUAUUUUGUGCCAGCGGUCGUCAGUGUUUACAACAUGAUGGCUCCCUCGGCGCGGAGGGCUGUGCUGCUGCUGCGGGGACUCGCAGGGCGGCACGGUGGCUGUGGUGCCGCCCUGGGUCAGAGAUGCGUCAGUGCAGAGGCGGCCCAGGCACCCCUCCCUCGGCCCCUCGCUCCCCGCACCUCCCUCACCAGCCCGGUGGAGCACACGGCAGAGCAGCGCGGCCUGUGGUACACCCUGCAGCCCGGUGUGGUGCAGCGGCUCUUCUCCCAGGGUGGCGUGCCCAAGCAGUUCCUGACACAGUGCCAGACCUUUGCUGAGACCUGCCUGAUGGUGCGCCAGCCGUCCCUCACUCUCAUGGACUUCAUUCGCCGUAGUGACCUCUCUCUGCCGCCCAACAAGUUUCUGCUCUAUGGUCGGAAUGGGUGUGGCAAGACGCUCUCCCUGGUGCAUGCCACACACUUCCUGGCCGACACAGACUGGCUCCUCGUCCACGUCCCCUGGGCCCCGAAGUGGAGGAGGAACUUCAAGGAGGUGGCCCCAUCCGCCACCAUCGAGGGGCAGUACGACCACCCCCUCGAUGCAGUUUUGUGGCUCCAGCACUUCAAGACACAGAACGCUGAGCUGCUUAAGACACUGCAGCUGGUGACUCAGGAGCGCUACAUUUGGUCCCGGCGUGAGGUUACUGAGCCAGACACGCCUCUUGGGGAGCUGGUGGAGCUGGGCAUUGGCAGGGCACGCUACUCCACCGACUGUGUGCUGGCCCUCACAUCGGAGCUCAAGAGGCAUGCCACGGAGGGAAGGUGUAAGGUGGCGGUGGUGGUGGACGGCAUCAACACCUUCUACUCACCUGUCUCUCGUUACCGUUGUGAGGACAGGACCCUGCUGGACCCCAAGUACUUCACUCUCUUCCAGUCCUUCAUGCAGCUCUUCAAAAGUGACUGGAAAAAUGGCAUAGUGGUUGGCUCAAUUGAUUCCCUGGCUAACGAGGGAUGGAGGCGAGAUUCACACCUGCCUCGUUACCUCCUCCGCCAGCAGGGUUGGGAGGCCUUGGACCCCUUCAUCCCCAUUCCCAUCGAGGACUAUGACGAUCUGGAGAUGCGCAGUGCCAUAGACUACUAUCUGGACCGUCACUGGCUGCAGAACCCCCAGGCCGGCUCGGACAUUGGGCGGCGGGAGCUGGCGGCCCUCUCAGCUCACAACCCAUACUUACUGAUGCAGGUGUGUCGGCCCUUGUAGUGGUGACGGGUGUGUAGCUGUGUGUAGUGGGUCUCUGUAUAUUUGUGUAAAGAUUGUGAUAAUGAUAAAUGAUAAUAAAGUCUGUUGCGCGUU